GCUUAGCCUUACCCAAUGUUGCUCUUCUGGGGCGGGGCCCGGUGAAGACUCAGGGCCAAUCAGCGGCGACGUCGCUUGUGCGACUCCACGUCGGCAGCAGCUGCGGUCAAGAUGGAGGCACUGAUCUUGGAGCCCUCCCUGUACACUGUCAAGGCCAUCCUGAUUCUGGACAAUGAUGGAGACCGACUCUUUGCUAAGUACUAUGACGACACCUACCCUAGUGUCAAGGAGCAAAAGGCCUUUGAGAAGAACAUUUUCAACAAGACCCAUCGGACAGAUAGUGAAAUUGCCCUGUUGGAAGGGCUGACAGUGGUCUAUAAAAGUAGCAUCGAUCUCUAUUUCUAUGUGAUUGGCAGCUCCUAUGAAAAUGAGUUGAUGCUUAUGGCUGUUCUGAAUUGCCUCUUUGACUCCUUGAGCCAGAUGUUGAGGAAAAAUGUAGAAAAACGAGCUCUGUUGGAGAAUAUGGAGGGACUCUUCUUGGCUGUGGAUGAAAUUGUGGAUGGAGGGGUGAUCCUAGAGAGCGACCCCCAGCAAGUGGUGCACCGGGUGGCUUUGAGGGGUGAAGACGUCCCCCUUACUGAGCAGACCGUGUCUCAGGUGCUACAGUCAGCAAAAGAACAGAUCAAGUGGUCCCUCCUUCGGUGAAGAUGUUCUGUGCUCGGUUCCUUGCCCCUCAAAACCCCACAUCUGCUGUGACUUCUUAUCCAGGCCCCCAGCAGAUGCUCUUAGGGUCAUCUUGGAGAAUCACAGUGGUCCCUUGUCCCUCUUGCCUUUCUAGGGUCUCCCUCCCCUUCCUUUCCUCUCAAGGGCAGAUUUGAGAAAUUUCUCAAAUCUGCCCUUGAGAGGGAAACACCCUCUUCCUACUACACUGGUCCUCCUACCCCCACAUUCUCUCCUGGUUCCUUGGCCCUUUUCUGUGGCUUUACUUAAGAUCAAAGCAGGAGAAAGAAUGUGCUGAGUGUUUUCCUCCCUGUGCCUUAAGGGCCCUCAUCCCAGAAGCCCAUAUGUCCAGCAAAGGGGAGGACUCCCUCCUUCGGCACAAGUGAGUGUGGAGUGGCAGAGCUGUGCAUCUUGGCUGCCCUAUCCUCUGCCUUGGAAGAGAUUAGGGACGGCUUAUGGGAGGGGGACAGAUCUGCAAAGGAACAGUGACCUAAAUGCUGUGGGAGGUUAUGCAGUGCAGUCUCUACCAUGAUCUGGACCUUUAGCUUCAAAGCUCCAGUGCCUGCACAUGAACAUCUACUCUAGGUCUGUUCCACACCUGCCUGCAUCACCUGUGAAAUCUGCCUAGCGUAGUCUCUGGUACCCUGGAGCAAAGCCAGACCUUGGAACUAAAACUGCAGUAGUUUCUACUCAGAACCUGGGAAGGAAGGGGCCUAGUGACUUGGGCCUCGCCAUCGUCCUUCUCAGCUCUUCCACUCACAUUCCACUGCCUUGGUUCUGCAAUCUGCUGUUGAGCUCUCCCCCUCUGCUUCUGCCUUCCCUGGAAGCGGGUGUCUGGUGCAGCCCCUUUCCUCCAGGGCUUGGAUUCCCGUUCUUAGGUGUAACGUUGCUCCUUGACUCCACCCCUCUGUAAAAAAUGUCUUAGAAAAACGCUCCCGAGCAAGAAUUCUGCCCUCUGCGUUGACUGAAGUGGGCAAACUGGAGGCGGCCUCUGCAAGAAAUGGAGUCAGGGAAGUCCACCUUGUAUGCUGCUAUGCGUCAGGCGAAUAAAGUGAAUCUCUUCCAAA